AUGGCCAAAGCAGACGAUGAGGAGGUCGGCAAGAAGGGCUCGCGAGCCCGUUCACGGAGUGGCCCAUCAAGAGGUAGAAGGAAGAAAACAGCAGAGGUCAUUCCUGUGGAGGAGGAAUUGCCUGACCAGCAAGGUGAAAAUGAUCAGCAAACACACAGAAACAUUCUCAUCAUAGGGGAUGAGAAUCUGACCUUCUCCGAGUUAGUAAUUGAAGCCUAUCCGUCCGCCCCUAUUUACAUAGCGAGCACCUCCACCGAGUUAGAAAUGGAUCGCCUGCUGCGUGACCUGGAGAAGCGCAAGAGGAGCAAGCUCCAGGAAGAAGCCAUGCAACGUGAGGAAGCCAUGCAACAGGAAGAAGAUGUCCCAAUUGAGAAGACCCCCUUUUACUACACCAGGAAGUUGUUGAAGCAGCACGCGGACAAGAAGGUCUACGUUAUUUUCACCGCCAAUUUGUUUUAUUUGGGCAGCCACUUCCCGAACGGCUUCUUCGACACGGUGUUUUUGGUUCUCCCAGGCCUCUGCUACAGCAUCCGAGAGACCGGACUCAAAUACAACGACAAGGUGACGGCACUUCGGAUCUACUAUUUUCUCAUUUGUGUGCUGAUCGAGAUUGUACAAGUGUGCCAACAGAAUGCCGAGAUCCACUUGUUCUGGACGACGGAGAAGUUAAAGAAGCUCAUUGAAGAUGAGGAGCCCACUGACCUGGCGGAGAAGGAAGAAGAGGAAGAGAAGGAAGAAGGGGAAGAGAAGAUCGAUGACGGAGGGGAGACGAAGCGCGAGACCAUUCACGAAACAUUAAACAAUUUGAAGAAUCUGAUGUGCAGUGGAAAAGGGGAGGAAGCAGAAACGCAGCAGGGAGAGGACCCUAAGGAGGAAGAAAACAUAGAGGAUGUGGAAGAGGCGAAUGGUGAUCCCGCCGCGGAACCGAAUGGAGACACUGCCGAAGAAGCAGUUGAGCAACAGCCGGAUCCAGAGGAAGAGAAGGAAAACGAGGGGGACAGCGGCAGUACUCAAAACAAAGAGAAAUCCACAGAAGACCCCACCCAGGAGGCCGCAGAGGAAGAGGCUGAAGAGCCCGCGGAGGAGGCCGCUGAGCAGCCCGCCGAGGGAGGGGGAGACGUGAGCAUCAAAUUGUCCAGCUACGCCAACAUGUGCGGAGAGGAGGAGCCAGGGAAGGGCAGCGCCGGCGGGGAGGACGAGGACAGCGCGGAUAACGCCGAGGCGGACAACGAUGAUGAGGAGAACGACGAAGAUGGCGAUGACGAUGAUGAUGACGACGAUGAUGACGAUGUGACUCGGUUCUCCCACCUCUUCGACGGAGAGGCGAAGAAUAAAAAAGAAAGUCCCGCUACAGCAGAGAGGCAAGCACUCGAAACGUCCCAAAUAGUCACCUACGUGGUUGACUCCCCAUACGGAGAACACGCGAAGGAGAAAAAAAGAAACCAGAUGAACAUUGCAAGGUUCCCACUCCUCUACCACAUAGACAUUGAAAAAGUCAUGAGAUUAUUUUCUUUCGAUCAGCUGAACGGGGGAGAAGAAGACGAGCAUGAGCAGCAGCAGGAGGGGCAGCCAGAGGAGGAAAAGGGAAAGAAACCCAAGGUGGACAUAAACAUCAUUUCCGAUAAAUACGUUCCACUCGUUUAUGGAAGUCACUUUUCGCACAAUACAUUUUUGAAUAACUGUACAUUCUACUCCUUCAUUUUGAAGAAAAAAAAAGUCCUCAUCCCUGAAGAUAUGGCACUGAUAUUGGAACCCAACUUCACUCGUGAGUUCCCUGUGAAGAGUUACUCCUUUUUGAGGAAAAGAUUCUUUCAGCAGUUUCAUGAGAAGGUUAAGUCUUACACUACGAUAAAGGAUCAGCUGAGUCACAUCAGCCACAUGCGAUACAAGCUGUAUGUACACCACGUGAGGAGUAGCGUCUCUGGGGGAGGGAGGAGGUCCCAUCUGUCCUAUUAUCUGUUUCAGGCCGAAUUGAAUAGCCAAAUGAGGAGAGCGACUCCGUGUGGAGAGAAGGCUUCAGGCGGGGAGAAUCCUUCCGACGGUAAGGGGGCCACUGGGGAGGAAGCUCCCACGGGGGAAGAAGCUGCCACAGGGGAGGAAGCUGCCACAGGGGAGGAAGCUGUCACAGGGGAGGAAGCUCCAACGGGGGAAGAACCCCCCCCUGCUGACGAUGCUCCCCACGCUGAUUCGUCAACCGUUGCUUCCCCCACGGCUGACGUAUUGACCGGUGAUCAACUCUCGGAGGAGAAACUGUGGAAAUGCAUCUUCAGUCCACUGGAUUUCUUCCACGCGAGUGACAACAUGAGCACCUACUUCGAGUAUUACAUAAAUGUGAUGAGGAAGAAAAAAGGGAGCCGUCGACGCAUCUGUCAUUUGUCCAUAAAGUUUGCCAGCGGUAGAAAAAGCUACAACAACGACUACCAUAAUAAGAAGUACACCAAGCGGACCAUGGGAGGGACUUACCGGAACAGUUACUACUACCCCUCCAUGUAUGACAUGAAGAAGAGGACGCCCCUUCUCCCGAACCCUCCAAAUGAAACGUCCAGUGGGCAUUCUGUUAAAGGCGCCAGUGUAUAUGGCCCGAAAGGCGGAGGGGGAACAAAUGCCGGCAAGGGAACAGGAGGCAUAAGUAAAGGAGGCCACAUGCUAAACAAGGGGUCUCCAAACGGGGUAUAUAAAUCGGGCGUGUAUAGCUCCAACUAUGGUUAUAAUCACCAGACAUCGUAUGGAGGUCAAAACUAUGGCAGCAACAAGUACGGCGGGGGAGGCAGUUACGGAGGAGGCAGUUACGGAGGAGGUAGUUACGGAGGAGGCAGUCACGGAGGAGGCAAUUACGGAGGAAGCAAUUACGGAGGAGGCAAUUACGGAAGCGGAAGCAACUACGGGGCCGGAGGAAGCUACAAAGGAGGAGGGGGCAGCUACGGGGGAGGAGGCAAUUACAACGCACAAAACUACGGAUCCCAGAACAAGUUUAAUAGGAACGACAAAAUGGGGAGGGGUAGCAUAACGAACAACUAUGAUAACAGGAGGGACGACAAGGGUCUGAAGUAUAACAAGAAUGACAACCAGCGAUCGGAUCGAAACUCCACUGCCACCUACCACAGUGGUCCCUACGGCAGUGGUGGCGGCGGAGAUGGUGGUCGGGGCAGUGGAGAUGGUGGUGGCAGCGUGUCGAGCUUUCACAAGCCAAACGGGGCGUACGGUAGCUCGGUGCAGCACAGCAACUAUGGAUACAACCGGUCGGCCAGGAACAUAAUGCACAAAUCAAAUGAGCGGGGCGACGUGCGCGAGGAGUUAAGAAGUGACCCGCGAAGUGACAUGCGAAACGACCAGCGAAACGACCUACGAAAUGAUCUACCAAACGACAGAAGCGGCAAGCGAAGGAGAGACGAGUCGUAUGAGACGCGAAGAGGACCCACAGCGGACAGCUACCCCCAUAAGCGCUACGAGAAAGGAGGAAGGAACGGCGACUACGAGGUGAAGAACCAUAUGGAUGAGCGAAGGAGCGACAACUACCAGCGUGGGUCCAAAAUGAAUGCAGAGAUGCAGGAUCCCUACGCGUCCACGAAGGAAUCCACCAACAAGUACUACGGCGGAAGUAACUACUCCAUGAAUAACUCCGACAAGAAUGCGUGGACGAUGCCGCCCCCGCCCCCAGGUGUGCUGCCCGCGCACAAUGGGCAGGCCCACCAGAAAAUGACGAAUUAUUACCACGCGGAGGACUCUCAAAAUAGAAACGGAUCCAACGGAUUGAAUUACAACUCGGGAGAGCUAUACAACAAAAAGAGCUUAUACUCACAGAGCAGGACGUACAGGAAUAAUUAG